CAAGUCUUUUUAUAACACACUUGGAUGGCUGAACCAGGCGAUGUGGAAAUGCAAAGUGUGAGGUUGUUUAACUUCUGAUUCAACAUAAAACAACCAAGAGCAUCAGUUGCUGUUUUCAACAAAGAAAAACGGACGGAGAUGGAGACUAGCACAAUGCCUCCAAAGGCCACGAGAUUCACAGUAGAAGAAGAAAAUGCACUGGUAUCCCAGGUGCUGGAGAUCAUUGGUGGGAUCACGCUUGAGGCCCUACAGACUCUGGACCAGCCUGAUGAGAGAGACGUGUGGUCGAUAGAGGAGGGAGAUGACUCUGUGUUCUACAGUGAUGAGGACCAAACUCAUCAGGACAUAAAGGAAAACACAGCUUGUGAUUUCAGUGCCAACAUGACCGAGCAUCUAGUCAAAAGUGAAGCAGCUGGAGAACCUGUUCCACAGAGGGAGGGUGAUCCAGGAGCAGAAGUCUUAAGUGACAAAGAGGAUUUGGAGAUGGAGAAGGAAGUGACUCCGACUGUACAAGAAGAGGAAUGCCAAGAGCUCCAGACACCAAAAACUGAACAUGUGUAUCAGUCAGUGUCAACAGAUCCAGUAGCAGAAGCUAAUCUAGCUCCAGAAAACUCAGCUAGCACCAGUGGAGAAUCUCUACAACCAAACUGCACAAAUGCAGACAUGCAAACACAGCCUGGAAAGACUAUAUCAUCAGAAACAGCAAAUGUACAAGUAAAGGAGGAAGAAGUGGUGCCAGAGGCUCAGACGCCAAACCUCAACCCCUUUGAUGUAACUAAUGAGGAGAGUUAUACAAGGCUGAAUGUGGAGGCAGAGGUGCCAGUAGAGAGGUUGAGUGCUGAACUUGAGAUAUCAGGCGACAGACAGCCUGAGGUAGACCAGGAGCCAGAGCAGGGCCGCAACUUCUAUGUUCCUGUUGAGUUUCAUCAGGGCCCGAGUCCAGGCUACUCCACCCUGCCUCUGCCGAAGGAAUCCAGUCGCAACAAUAGCCAGCAGAAAUCUUUUGACCACCUCACCUCCUGCAAAUACAGCACCAUGUCCUACCGCAAGAUCCGCAGAGGCAACACCCGCCAGAAGAUAGAAGAGUUUGAAUACAUGAUAAUGAAUUUAUAAGAUGGUUUCAGUGCCACUUUCAGGAAAAAAAAACUGCAGGACAUGAUCCAUAACAUAAUGGGUACUGAUUUUACGUUUUGGUA